AUGCCAGAGCUCAAUCGCGGUCCAUUAACCCCUUUGCGUGCUCAUUACCUCAAGAAAUCGCUCAUACAGCUUCAGUUCCGCAGAGAACUCAACGACAUCACAAAUGCACAGUCCGGUAACGUAUCCACCCUCUCCUACCUCGGCUCACCCUUCUCGCCACCUCCGAAAGGCUCUCCUAUGCUCGAUCUGCCCUUCCUGCGCUAUUUCUUCCGCAAGUUCAUCCUCUCUUUUCCCUUCAUGGCCACAGCCCCAAAGGACUUCUACUCAGAGAAAUUGCAGCCCUUCGUCGCCUCUGCCUUUGCCAGAAAUCUCUCCCCAACCAAUCUUCUCGAUGAUGCCGAGGAAGGCUCAGAACAAGCCCGCCCCAAGAUGCUCGAGAAGCUAGAGAAAAAUUUGGCUCUGCUCUUGGGCUCAGGGACAAAACUCGUCGAGCAAGAAGAGGUCGUCAGGCUCAAGCAGACUGAUCUCGAUCGCCUUGAAGAUCUCGCAAAGAAACGUCAAGCCCGCAAUCUCAAGACAAAAGAUGUAUUCGAGGUCAAUGUUGUCUGUGUGCGAACAGUCACAGACAGAGGUCGAGUACGCAGUAGGGUGCACGAGGAAUUCAUCAUUCGUACUCGUCUACAUUCUCAGCCGGAUAUGUUUGUGUCCCGUAGAUACGGCGAUUUCAAAACCCUUGCAGAUGAACUACGCAAGGCUCAUCCAGAGGAAGCUAUCAAAUCCCCACCCGGAAAAGACAAAUCAGCGGUCACUGCGCCGCCACAAGGAGCUUAUUCCACCAUAUCGUCGUUCAUGAGUAGGGCGCAGUCAGCAUCCAUGACCGAUACACAAUCCAACGGAAGCUCAGAUUCUCUGCCGUUCUCUCCCUCUCAGCAAGGCUUCCCGUCACGUCUCUCGCGGGAGAAAAAUAGGCUUACAUUGCGCGCCUACCUGCAUUCCUUGAUGGCUUCAUCUGCGAUUGCUUCGUCUCCUGUUCUCCGAUCCUUCUUGGUAUCGGGACCCACUACAUUAAGUCCAGAGGAGUUGGACGAUGUGCAGCGCCGCGAAGAAGCAGAUAUGAUGCGAGAUGAAGGGCGUAAACGUUUCGCCCGCGAAGUUGCAAGUCGUGUCGAUGGACUUCGUGAUGCCGUCAAGAAUGUUACUCCCAAUGUCAACGGACUCCCUGCCAAUUAUAAAGCUGUCAUGGAGUGGGCGCGCAUAUCCUUGGCUUCUACAAUCUUUCACCUUUUCAUAGCUUCUGAUAGUUCCUCUGAAACAUUUGCAAGUCUCAAACGAAUACACGGUCUGAUGCCUUAUUUUAUGUUAAAGGCUGCUCUCAAAAUCAGUAACCCAGUCGGAAUGAUACGUAGUGUGCUCGAUCUCUUCCUUGCUCAGCCAUUUGGAGGGCGGAGUUUACUGCAACGAAUGUUCACGAGUUCCCUAACUGAGGAAGUAAAAAACCUCGAAGAAGAUAUCGAAUCCGUCCAGGGCAAAGUCGAUGAUCCAGUCAUAUGUGAGAAGAUCCGUCUGUUCGUGUAUGCACCGAAAGAAAUCCAGGAUAUGUACAAAAAAGACGCAGAGGAAGAACGUCUGAGUGUAUUAACGACUGUCUUACGCUCUGGUGAGGAGCCUGUCCUCAAUCGAUCACAAAUGCAUCGCGUCGUCCGAGCACACCGUGCCCAUGUCGUAUACAUGAAAAACCGCAAAGACCAAGAUGAUUCGGACGACGACAGCGGACCACAGAAUGAGGAUGCAUGGCUAUUCGAAGAUUUGAAGGUGCUGACCCGCCUGUAUUCCGAGCUCCGUGACAAAGAACAGCUGAUUGCACUCAUUUUCGAGGGUGUUACAUCCGAACUGCUCAAGGAUAUUAUCACGAUUUUCUACGCCCCGCUGGCACAAGUCUAUAGAGCAGCCAGUAUUGCGGAUUCCUUGGGUGAUCUUCAGAAUUUUGUCAACGAUCUUAUCAGAACGGUAGAACAAGCGGAAGAACUUAGUCAAGAAGAUCCACAGCGGACUGUGCAGACAUUCAUCGAUCUGGUCCAGCGGCACGAGCAGGCUUUUUACCAUUUCGUCCACAAAGUCCACUCCAACGGAGAGGGCCUCUUCGAUAGCCUAAUGCGAUGGAUAGAACUGUUCCUGACUGUUGUCCGAGAAGGACUGGGAGAUCCUAUUAGCCUGGAAUACCUCCUUCCGCACGCAGGACAAGAGCGUGAGAGCAUCCUCAACGAGGUGGAUGCCGUUGCGUUGUAUCACUACAAGAUGAAGGUAGCCUAUGAGAGCCGGAUCCGACGUCGAUUCGGUAAAGCACAGGGGCAAAGUGGUGCAGAUGCAGAAGAUGAGGCUACAACUGCUCUAGUGCAUGGCGUGGUAGGAGAGAUAAGCCUAGGAGAACUGGUGCAGGGAGAUGCUGACGACCUUGCGGCUGAGGAGACGGACGAGGAUGAGAGUGAGAGUGAGGGAUCGUCGAGUGAAUACGAGACUGACAGCGAUGGGAGUUAUGAAGAUGAGUCGAGCGAGGAGAGCGCGGCCGUUGUUCCGGUUGUUCCGGUCUCGACGAAGCCUGUAUCGCGGUCUGCCACCGUCACAGUUACUCCUGUACACAUACAGUCAGCAUCACGGCAGUCAUACGACGUGCCUCCAGCCCGCCAACGCUCGUUGUCUCUUCGAAGUUCCAAAUCACUAAAUCUCUCCCGAUCCUCACUUAGCCAGCGCGAUGCGACCCCUCUCCCUCUUUCAUCUGUAAUACACAAACCAUUACCCCCUCCUCCUCCGGGCGAUAGUGUUCCUGUUCAACGUCGUCAAUCGCAAGAAUCUCCAUCCAAUCAUCGACCAGAUCUCCCUUCUCCGCGGAAGAGUAAAGCGAAGAAGGCUACGGAUGUACUCAAACCUCCUGACCUUCACCACAUCCCUCAACUACUACCACUCUUCGUUGAGAUGCUGCGGCCCCUUCUCCGUUUCCAGAACUGAACCACAUACGAUAAGACGCCUUGACGACUAAUCACGAUUCAUGUAACUCCAACUAUUGCAGGUCAUUUGUUUGUGUGCAUCCGUACCAGGACCUUCGAAUCAAUUAUGUAUCAUAAUUCCAUUUAAAACAUGUAGAACUUGGAAACCCUUUUAAAGAUCCGCAAACUCCAUGUCGAAUUCUGCUUGGCUUGAAACGCCUUUUCGCACUUUUUUAGCAAGUCUCUCUUCCUUUGCUAGUUCAUCCCAGUCAUCGCCAUCAUCGCCACUUUCACUUGAUUGUUCUCUCUCUCGUUUCUCGCCAGUGCCGACCGUCUCAUCGCCUUGUUGAGCUCGUAGCCACCGUUUUUUCUUGAUUCUUUUGUCCUUUCUUUUGUCCUUCUCCUCUCUCUUGGCAGUUUUCUGACUCCAAGCGGCAUUCUCCUUCUUUUUUUCUCGAACAGCCGCUUCGCGCGAACGUGAUUCU